CUUUGUUUUUCGAGUCUGUUGCGUUCUUCCCUACCUAAUCUCAUUCAGUUGUCGUCUCCGUCGUCUCUCCUCUCGAAAGUCCGCCUAAAAUGAAAAUAAAAAAACUCACCCCGCGGCUCUGGUCCGGGGUUUUGCUCCUAUGGGCGACUGCUGCUUUUGCUGUUGCUGCUGCAGAAGAGGGGGCAGCGCAAUUCAACCCCCUGCACCAUCUAGGCGGCAAUGGGCAGUGGUUCCCUGGCCCGGAUGUCUGGGGCUUAGGCUCAAGUCUGCCCGCGGGCUGUGGGGUGCAGCGGGUGGCGUUUCUGGCGAGACAUGGGAGCCGGUUUCCUGAUGCGGGGGCUUGGGCGGAGUGGGUUGCAUUGGGGGAGAAGAUCCACGCCGCGAACUUCUCGACCCGCACCCCAGAGCUCCACUUCUUGCACACCUGGCACCCCGUCCUGACGGACCCGGCUAGCCAGCUCACGAAUCUCUCCCGCACUGGCAAAGCCGAGCUCAGCGCCAUGGGCGCCGCGUACCGCGCGCGCUAUCCUGCACUGCAUCCCUCUGCUUUCUCCGCUAACAACAACACCACGACGCCGCCACUCGCCCUAUUCGCAAACGCCUACGCCCCCUCCCCCCGCGUCCUGGACUCAGCGCAGCUGUUCGCACGCGCGUACCUCGGCCGCAGCAACACUAACAGCACCCACGCGGGCACGAUCUACCUCAUCAACGCGACCGCGCCUUACCCCGCGCUCUCCGGCAACUCGCUCGCCCCGACGGACGCCUGCCCGCGCUACGUCGACAACAGCGGCGGCAGCGCCAAAGACGCCUGGGACGCGGCAUGGGCGCCACAAGCCGCGGGACGGCUGAACGCGCUGCUAGACGGGGGGUUGGCGUUUGCGGCCGAGGACGUCAGCACGAUGGCGUAUCUGUGCGGGUUUGAGAGCCAGAUCCUCGGCCGCGUGGCCGCGUGGUGUGGCGUUUUGACGGGAGAGGAGGUGCUGGCGUAUGAGCGCGCGCAGGAUAUUAGGUAUUGGUUUGGUUCGGGGCCUGGGAAUGGGGUUGGUAAGGCGGCGAUGAGGGGCGUGCUUGGGGGGGUGUUGGGGUGGUUGGGGGGUGGGAGUGGUGGGGGUGGUGAUGGGAGUGCGGUUGGAGGGCAGCGUCUGCUCCCCCUCUUCGCGAACGAUGGCCAGAUUGCGCAGAUGGUCGCUGCGUUGGACGUGUUUGCCGAUGGUGAGGCGCCAGCGUUAAACACCACAGUGCAGAAGCGGGGAAACGGCACGUUUCGCUCGAGCCACUUCGUCACGAUGAGGGGGACUGUGACGCUGGAGCUGUGGGGCUGUUCUGCCUCAAAUUCCUCCUCCUCCUCCUCCUCCUCUUCUUCUUCUUCUUCUUCUUCCACCUCUCCGUCCUCUGUCUCAGCACUACCAACCUUCGUGCGCGUCCUGCUAAACGACGCGCCGUACCCGCUGCCCUACUGUGCUGGGGGUCCGGGGCGCACGUGCGAGCUUGCGGAACUGGUUCGUUAUGUAGAAGCGAAGAGGGCGGCUGAGGGCGGGUUUCAAGGUGUUUGUGGGUUGGAUGAUGAGGGGGAUGGCGAAGCAGUGCCGUUUUUUGAGGAUGUGGAGAGGGGGGUGGGCGAGGGCUGGAUGUGGGGGGUUGGUGUUUAGUGCGAG